AUGUCAAGGCAGCACCAGCAGGACGAGCUGGCGUAUCCGCACUUUGCCCUCAUUUAUCUCGACCGGGAUGGCAACCUGCACCAUGAAGCAUCCCGCUCCAUCGCCAACAGUCGCGAGAGCAUCCUGUCUCCCCGAGUCACGGAUGCGUUUCUGCGAGCUGUGGCACAGUCGAGUGAGGCUCUCCCCUCACAUUCUCAAUAUGAGCACGGAGCCCCAGCGCCUGGAGCAACAUCAUCACCGCCAUCCCAGAGGGCCCCCGGCCGACAGAUACCCCUUCGACCACAGCUUAACCGUGUUCCUCAUGGUGCAGCAAUCCAGGGCAUUGAGGGACAUCCUCGAGCCCCAGUGGCUCCAAGACCGGCUCUCCAGCCAGCUGUGUGGCCAGCAGCUCAAGCCAGCCAGCAAGAGCAAUGGUCUCGCUGGUCGGGACCAAACACACAACCACCGCAGCAACCGCAGCCGCAACCCCGACCAAAGCACCGGAAUGAAGAGCUCAGCAUGAGAAGCAGCCAGCAAACUCUGAUCUCCAUCCGAGAUCAAGAUUUCCUGCGUCGAUACUACGAGAAAGUGUUUCAAAACCUGCAGCAGACCAAUUGCCGGGUGUUGGCUAAGGCCUACGUCAAGCUGGUCGAGCCUCGUAAGCAGGUCAAUUAUCCCUACAACGGGCGCAAGAUCGUGGCGGGUCAGACCCAACAACUGGACCCCGAUGAAACCAAGCCGCCGUGGUGGCCAUUGGGAGUUAGCCAUCGCGAGCCAGAUCAUCUCCCCAAGGCCGAACGUAUUAGGCUUCUAGUGCAUUUGCUUUGUGCGCUACACGAUAGCCAUGGAAUCACGGCUCGCAGGUUGAAAGAAGCAGAUCAGCCAAUCCGUCGCCAAAUCUCCCCAGUUGAGCGACUGCAGAUUCUGGACGAAGUCUACCACGUCAGAGAAGAGGAAGAGAAGUUUCUAGCUGGUGCGACCGACGGCACUGUCAAUGUGCCAAUCUCCCGGGCAAAUUUACCAGACGCGAUCGAAGUUGCUGUUAGCCAAGGCGGGCGAAGUAGCAGGAAAAGCACACCAACAGAAAGGGCUCCCAGUCAUGAACCGGAAACCAUUGUGGAGACCAUUGUCAUACGAAGCGGCCCUGCUCACGAUUCGAAGACCUCACAGUCCUCUCUGAUGCCGGAUGACAAGAUACCCCCGAGCCUGUCCCCAACGAACCCUCGUCACCCUUCUCGUCCGAGCUCUCAUAGUCCAAGCCAGUACAUUCACCAAGACCUUCCUAUACAUCCCAAUUAUGACCCGACUGCAUCAUCAUCCUCAUCAAUGUCACAACAAGAUCUGAAGCGAAAACGACAGUGCGUGGAAACGGGACCGGCUACCACCGCUAGCCCUGAUACGCUCGGGUAUUAUCCCCCCAUGUUCGUGGGUUCUCAGCCUUUCAUGCCCGAGUCCUAUGACGAGCUUCAGACUUUCCCUCACACAACGAUUCCCACGACGGGUCAGCCUGCGACGGACCCCUACGGAGAGCAUAUGGACACAUAUGCGUUCCCUUAUUAUUUUGACAAUUGA